AUUUGUCGGCCGAGUCGGAGCGGUGUGUGCGCACCUUUAAGCUGGCGGGGGCUGCCGGAGCCGGCGUGUUGUCGCUGCUGUUGCGGAGUUGGGAGCGGGGCUGCGGCGGAGGAACAGCGCGACUCUCAGCGCUCGGUGCAUCCAUCGUGAGGUCGCCGAACCCCCGCUGCCACCCCGCGCAGCCUUGCAGACCAGCCCCGCAGGAUGGCGGAGAGCGAAGCAGAAACGCCCAGCACCCCGGGCGAGUUCGACAGCAAGUACUUCGAAUACAAUGGAGUGCGGCUGCCUCCCUUCUGCAGGGGGAAGAUGGAGGAGAUCGCCAACUUCCCCGUCAGGAAAAGCGACAUCUGGAUCGUCACUUACCCCAAAUCCGGGACCAGCCUCCUCCAGGAACUGGUGUAUUUGGUGAACCAGGAUGCAGAUCCAGAUGAGAUUGGAAUAAUGAAUAUUGAUGAGCAGUUACCAGUCCUAGAAUAUCCUCAGCCUGGCCUUGAUAUCAUUAAGGAACUGACGUCCCCUCGCCUUAUUAAGAGUCACCUGCCGUAUCGUUUCCUACCUACAGAUUUGCACAAUGGACAGUCAAAGGUUAUAUGCAUGGCCAGAAAUCCCAAAGACUUGGUGGUGUCAUACUAUCAGUUUCAUCGUUCUUUACGAACUAUGAGCUACAGAGGGACUUUUCAGGAAUUCUGUCGUCGGUUUAUGAACGAUAAGUUGGGUUAUGGUUCAUGGUUUGAACAUGUUCAAGAAUUCUGGGAACAUCGCAUGGACUCCAAUGUCCUCUUUCUGCUUUAUGAAGAUUUGCAUAAGAAUCUUGCAGGUACCGUGGAACUCUUGGUCCGGUUCCUUGGAGUAUCAUAUGAUAAAACUCAAAUGGAGGCUAUAAUUGAACAUUGCCACCAGCUUGUGGACCAAUGCUGUAAUGCAGAAGCCCUUCCCAUUGGGAGAGGUCGAGUUGGCCUAUGGAAGGAUAUCUUCACUGUAUCAAUGAAUGAGAAAUUUGAUGCCGUUUACAAACAGAAGAUGGGAAAAUCUGAUCUUAACUUCGACUUCAGCCUUUAAGGAAGCAACAUGCAUGCGCUUCAGUAUUCUCAACAUUAGAAAUGCAUCUCUGCAUUUGUUUAUCAUUCACUGGCUAAUCUUCGCUGUUAUGUGUAUUAUGACAGCUUUUAGUGAAAGAUAUUGGGUAUUCUAUAUCUAUAGUAACAGUUUCCUCACUUGUUGCAGCCUUGACUUGUAUACUACCUAUUGGCAGAAUUGGAAGAUACAUAGUCUAAGAAAGCAACUUAAUUAUAAAAUGUAGUGAUUUUGAUGGUAAGGACAAUUACUCUGUACUUCAAAAUAACUAUUUAAAAUAUGCAAACAGAUACUUGCACUCCCACAGAUUCAAUUGUACACUUAUGCACACACAAACAAAACCAAAAUUAUAAGGAAAAUUACUGCUGCGAAAUAGAUUUUAUUUAUUUUCUGUAAUCCUUACAUGACAUAUUCCAGGUUAAUUGCAUAUUAUGGUUAGCAUCAAUGUAGUGUCCAUGUCUGAAUUAAACUAAUUAAAAUUAUUUAGUUAGUGUUGAUUCCAAUUUAUUUAGAUUUACAAAGAUGAAGGGUGAAAUGAGACGAAUGUUCCAUUAAUUUCAAUAUUUUCAAGAAGGCUAAAAUAUUGGUCCCAAGUAAUUAAUUUAAGCAACAUUGCAAAACAGUGGUUAAUGAAUUACCCAAUCCACCAGCACCAAGUUGGGGCAACAUAUCCUCAGGAUUAAUAAAUUUGACGUUCUGGUAGUUUGUUAAUUGGAUUCGAUGCUGUAUACAGACAAGCUGUGGCAUGUUGAUGUGACAGUUUGAUGUAACUAGGGAUAUAUGGUUGAAAUAAGCUGCAGGCAAUGCAGGUACAGCUCCAUUCCACAAGUCUGCAGCAACAGCAUGAGGAGACAAAUGGGAGAGAAAUCUGUUACCCAAUCACCCUCUCCUUGUAACCCUGGAUGUUGUCAUUUAGUCUUUAAUCCUGUUAAAGUUUGCAAUAAAAUCUCCAUUCCAGAAUAAA